AGCCGUUUCCAGAAGACGGUCCCUUCUACGACCGCGGGUAAGCUGCAAGCAUCGAUCACGACAUCUCUCGACCCCCGCUCACUGCCUCGAUCAAGACAAUAAGCUAUUGGACCGCAAGACAGAUCGAAUCUACAAUACGCUUCAUCAACGAGUCCAGAUGAUCGAGAACAUACCAACACAGCAAGUCGGCCAGCACCCAGCUGCCACCGCAAGAAUGUACGACCAACUCGCAGACAGGGUCAGAACGUUGCAAGCCGAACUAGAUCAACUCAAGGCAGCAAGCCUUGAACGUCGUAUUGAUGAUAUCGACCAACGGUCACAAUCCCCGGACGUCAGGCAUCAACAGUGGCGCUCCCAUGCUGACAGCAACCCUAUACAUCAUCUACCCCUUCCAUCUCUCUCACGCAUCAAGUUGUCCCAAAACAAGCUCACCCGAGAAAUCGUAGGCAUUUUCGACCCACAUUUCGAAGACCAUGACGGAAUCGGAAGAAUCACAGACGGCAAACUCCUCAUCUACACUGACGUGGUCUGCUUCAGAGAACGUCUUAUGCUGACGGAAGAUGACCCCGAACACGCGAUCGCCCAACAGAUCAAAGCAUUAUGGCCCACCCUCAUGGCGGGACCAGCACUAGACUGGUGGAUCAACGAGCUGACAUACGAUGAACGGACCGAACACCGCAAGUCACUCAAUGAAAUGUGCUCCGCACUCUUACAUCGCUUCAGACCUGAUGCUGCUAUGGCCACAAAGCGCUUUAACGAUUCAGGCCUUUCAUUGAGAGACCUCAUCGACAAUGACAACGCAUUAUCUGACUACAUUGCAAAGAAAAUGCGCUGGGCUAGAGCCAUGGGCAUUGUUUCCGAGAAGAACGGCAACUGGCACGGCGCCAUGAUCCAAAUCUGGUCAAACAUGUCACUUGGUAUUCGACAAUACCUCCGCGCACCAAACGAUAUUGAAUCUUUUGGCGAGUAUCAACGCGUUAUCACAAACAGCAGGGCUAUUCUGCUUGCAGCGGCCCACGAUAAGUAUCCCAAAUCACGAAGAUCCCGCACCACUCCAUCAGAGUCACCACGCAUAAGCAUUCGCGACAAUUAUUACCCCGCCGUGACACAUCGCGCAGCCGCUCCGACCGAUACCAACGCGAACCUUCUCGCUACAGAAGUGAUCGAUCCAAUGAUCGCGACCAAGAACACCGACGCCGAGAAGCCUCACUGCAUCGCGAUUACGAUAGACGUGACAGGCAGUCGUACAAAGACAAUAGCUGGCAAGAGCGCAAGGGUAAAUCUGACAACUUUGACAAACAAGACCACGACAAAUCACGUGAUGAUCGAAACCGCAAGGAUGACCGACGGGACACGUCCAAGGACGGAGUCCACUGGGCCGGGGAACCCGAAGAGAUACCAUCUGGUGGCUCGCCGUCGGAAUCGACCUCGGAGUCCGAAGGUUCGACAUACGAUUCAUACUACAUCCUGGACAAGAACCUGACUUGCAACCGAUGUAUGGUGGCAUUCCGAUCCACUGAACAGCUUCAAAAGCAUCGCACUACUUGUAAGGCAACG